GUUCCAAGAACAGGCACUCGGCCUUACGAUCCUCGAAUGGGACAAACUAAUGGGCUCCCGCGAUGACUUAAAUAAGCUUGAAGAAAUCGUCGACAUCAUUAUCGAAAUCCACUGUCUCCUCGAAGAAUCCCGUCUCCUGAGCAACACGAAUAGCGACAAUAGUAUCUGGCGUGCAACCGUCAUGAAAGGACUUCUCUACCUGUACCACAAGCUCGAAUCAUGGCGCGACACCGUCCGAAAGCAACUAACAGAUCUCCCCUAUCGCGCCGUACCAUCCCGCCUCCACAACCCCUCGGACGACAGCUACGCGGACAGACUCUUCCCCUUUGCGCUUGAGUGGGAUUCGCUUAACACUGCGGCCCUUUACAACCUCUCCUAGGGCGCCCAACUACACAUCCUCUCCACCCUCCUCCGCCUCAGCACGCAUUUCUACCCCUCUCUAGACCCUGAUGCCCGACUGGCAUCACUUAUAGCACAUAGCAAUCCUGCCUGUCCUUACGUUGAGCUCACUUCCGUGUCCUGGCUCCGCGAUGAAGCGCUGAGGUUAUCGCGAUAUCUGUGCCCGAGCAUCGAGUUCUGCUAUCGGACAGACAUGGGAACCUACGGAUCACAAUCAACGGGGUACGCUCAGUGGAUCCUCAAACGAUUUUUCCGCAUUCAUGG